UAUUCAAUUUGAUAAACUCGUUGCUUGGCAACGCGAUAACAAUCCAACUCGCACAGUAGUUUUCGGGCUUUUUUGGUGGCUGGUCGGUUUUGAUUUUUGAUAUAUUUUUACAAAACAUUUAUCACAUACGUACAUUUAGGCCUAGCUUUUUGUAUAAAAACAAAAUUUGUUUUUCUUUUACUCAGCGGCGGCUGCAAUUUAAUAUAAAUUCUCUGUGAUACUCAUAAUGUGGUUAAUGCGUUAUUUUCGGACGCGACAAAUCAAAUAACAGUGUCGUGAGACUUAAAACAUGUUCGUAGUUAAUUUAUUAGUUUCAAUAUUUAGUUGUUUUGUGUUCUAUGUUUUGGCGGAAGACUACGAGAAUGAUGAUAGAAUGUACCUCCUGGUAGCCCCGGACCAGCAUGAGCGCACGCCACGCCUCGAAGAUUUCUUCUGGACAGGUUCUGGAGAUGGGCCGCCUCCUCCGGACUCACCCCUGCCGGAGCCUUCUCAGCCCACACCGAUUGUGCAGACAACUACGGUCCUUGCCACUGUGUACCUGGAUUCGUUUCCACCUCAGGCGGUGACCGACAAAACAACAGGAGAAUGUGUCCUCAACUGCGGAGAGCCGGUUCCCCCAGGCAGUUUGGAGCCAGAGAUACCAGAGGAUCGACGGUAUUGGCUGCUGACUGUCAUACAAGGAUCCACCCCUGACAGUCUGCAGUUGAGGCUGGCUAGGCUGUAUCAAAAGGCCUUUCUAAGACAACAAGAACGCCAUCUGGGAAUCAUAAAGUCUUUAGACGCCCCGCAAACGAGAAAGAAACACGAAGUGCAUUCAUUUGUAGUUAAUAAAGACGAUAAUCAAAUCGCUGCUUCCAACACCCCCCUAAGAUACCUCGAUAGUUCUACGAUAGUUCCUUCCAUGACUGAAAUUGUACAGCCAACAAAAAUAAUAGAUUAUUCUAAAAUAGACAUCCCUAUUGAAAACGAAAACCUUACCUUAAAAGAAGAUAUAAAAGCAACCAGGCUUGCAGACGUUGAAUCAUGGAUCUUAGUUCCUCCUACGGUAGUAGUAAGAAAGAGAGAGGUAUCAGACCAAGAAGAGGGAGAAAGUGAGAAGGGGGAAUUAAUAGAUAUUCCUUUAGAAGAAGAGAAUAGCAAUGAGACGAUGUUGUUUAAAAGAGAGAUUAUAAAACCGGAGCAGCAACCACCAGUGCAAGUCCACAUCCAGAAUAUAACUGAGUUCACAGAAACGGGCAGCGUCCAAAUCGUGUACGUGGUACUUGUGGGCGGUAGAGCGGUACCUGCAGCAGUAGCUGCCAGGGAUAUGAGACUUGUACGUGACGCCGAAGUGGCCAGGGAGUUGGGAGCCGUAGUCACUACUAAAGCUGAGCCAGCGUAUCUGAAGGCGGCCGAGGGUCUGGAAGGCGAAGCAGCAGUGAGCGGUAUCCACGGCACGGAGCUGUGGGCGCUGGCAGUGGGAGCCACUAUAGCGGUUCUGCUAUUGUUGGUGCUGUUUGUGCUGCUGUGUUUGGCUCAGAGGCGAAAAGCAAUCAAAUCGGCAGCCUCCCUCCGAGCAUACAGAAAUGAGAUGUUAAGAGAGGCGGAAAGGAAUCAAUUGAAACAAGUUCACGAAGAAAAAGAUGGCAGGUUGAUAAGCGUAGUGUCACCUAGCAGAACAAGACCUAGUAGCACGUUGCUACCCAUUUACAGAGCGGCGAGUGCUUCGAGUUCAUCCACAACAUCUUCCGGAAUAUCCGAAGACGUAGCAACCGUGCGUCGUAGACAAAAGAAACCCCAUGCGUUGAGAAUGCCGCAGAAGAAGCGUGUUGGAACUACGGAUAGUUUGCUAGAAGCGGCUGGCUUGGACAGUUCAGAUAGUGGGCAACCUUCUGCUCCGCAGACACCGACAUCCUAUCUGUCGAUGCCUUCAGUUAACUCGUUUCCAAGAGGCAACGUAGUGGAACCCCUCUCUCGCAUCCUUGAACCAGUAUCAGUCCGUCACCUUGACAUUGACUCGCCAGUCACCAGUCCGAAGAGAGCUGCAGAUGCUGUGCCUCGUCGCCAGAUGGCAUCGCAGUUGGUUCGGCUGGGAAGCAUUGACAAAGACCCAGGGGUUAUCGGGCCUUUGGUGUGGGACCUACACUGCCAGAGGAUUAAGGAUGUAUCGAAACCGCCAAGCCCAGCUAAGUCUGCCACUCCCCGCAAAGAUUCUCGCAUGCGACAGAGAUUCAACGAGCUAAUGGAUGAUGCCUUCACUCUCUUCGGUAGCGCUGGCUCAUCCAACUCCCAGGAUACCUAUAUCGUUGAGAAAAAGAAAGAAGGAGAAAUAGCCCAGGCGCGAAACGAUAACGUUCGCCUGCCUGGUUCCCCGUAUACUGCCUUAGACACCGUGCGGGGCCGUUCGGCUGGUGCUGGCCGCGGAAGCACAGCAGCCACUAUAGAGGCGCGCUCGGCGCGGCCGCGCACGUCGCAGCUGCGCGCCGAGCGCCGCGCGCCCGCCAGCGCGUGGGGCCCUACUCCACCAUCACACUCCCUAACCCGUCUGCCGGCGGCGCCCACGGUGAACCCGGCGCUGGUGCUGGCGCGGCCGCGGCUGCCGGCCGCCGACCCCGCGCUGCCCAUCAUAUCAGCCAUCAAAACAGAAAUACAGCGCGUACGAGAACAGCACAAACCUGACUAA